AUGUUUCAACAUAGUUGGCACCCCCAUUUCCUCUCUCCUUGUUCGGUGCAUGGUCAAGGGCGACAACCGUCAUUUGAUAAGCAUUAUGUCUCAACCGCCGCAAGAUUCACCAGCGGCUCCCGCCAGCAGCCGUCCUGCCGCCCCGCCCCUGUGGCCGGCAACACGCCUGAUGGCUCUACCACCUGGACUCCAGAGCAGACCGCGACUCUCAUGGGCUGGUUCCUGGAAUACCAGCGCACCAUGGAGAAGUACGACAUCGAGUUCGAAAACUACUCGUCUAUGUUCGAACACGUGCUGGCGCUGGCUGUCGAGGAGUGGCCGGACCUCGCGCCCCUGAUUAGCACGAGGUUCAUCUACACAAAGUUCGACCACGAGCGCAAGCGCUGCGGGGCGCUGAGAGGCUGGGUCGAGGACUUUGGCGGCUCGUGCGACCCGGACGACGGCCGGUGCGAGGUCGACAGACCCGGAUUGGGUGGCAUCCCGACGAAGUUCGAGAUCCGCGAGACAAUGAGUCUGGUCAACAAGAAUGAUGUCCGCCUGCGACGAACGAGCCUGGAUAGACCAGUUCCCGACCCCCGAGGCCUGAUCGUCAUGCGGAAGCGGCCGAGGCUGGUUCAGCUGAGCACAUUGAGCCGGACUCCGGAUAGAGGGCUAGUGAGGCAAGCCUGGCACACGCAUCCCCCAUGGACGCAUGAACUCUGGCGGCCCAGCUCCCGAGCAGCAUUCGUCAUGAUACACAAAACACGACCGAGCAGUCCGAGCAGGGUGUGGGGGCCGUAG